AUGCCUGGAGAGCCGACUGCCAUGGCAGGGAACCGCCUUCGACGACAUGGCCAAGGAUACACUACCAGAUCAGAUGUGCGAGCUAGAGACACAAAUACCGUAUCGCAGCGGCCUCACCGCGGUCCUCGAGGCACCAAGCGCCGCGCUUCCGCGCUCCUCCCUCAAAAACCUGACCCGGCGCGACUGACCAAGACUAUUGGCAUUGACUUUGGAUCGAGCGCCUGGAGCGCAGCCAUCACGGACGGUAGUGGACCCCCAGAGAGCAUCCCGCUGGGCCAAGUUAACAACAGCCACGACGGGACGCUUGUUUUAGCUUACAAAUUCCCCACAUACACCAGGUUUGGUGGCGACGAGCGCUUCAGAAUCACAGGCCAUGAAGAUGUCCUCGACUUCACAGAUACCAGCUCUGGGCUGAAGCAAUCACUCGAUGACGACCUGUGCAAGCCCGGUAGCGAAGGUCAGAAAACUAGGGAACUUUGCGAGAAGAACAAUACAACCCCAUCAGAGGUACUGGAGGCGCAGCUGGCGGCUUUGCUGGAGUUUAUCACGGCGGAGCUGCGCAAGCGAGGGAUCUCGCAAACACAGCGAUGGAGAGUAAACUUUGCGGUUCCGGUCAUGUGGACUUGCGACGAGCGUGGAAAGGCCAUACAGAAGCAAAUAGCAGCCUGCGCAAUAAAAGCUGGCUUCCCCGACGACAUAGCGUUUGAUGCAGAGCCGUUCUUGACCGACGCGUAUAUCAGGCACCACGAGCAGCCUAAAACCGAGCGGCUACGGAGCCGGAUCCAGGCCGAGCGUCUUCACAUAGACGUUGGUGCUGCCACAACGGACUUCACUUGUCGAGCCGCGGUCGGCAACAAUGGGGUGGUGCUAACUCGCGACCCCGAUGGCUGUGCUGGUGGCAUGUCAUAUUUCUGGCCCAGGCUGUCCAAGCUAUGUAAAGAAAUGGGCAUCGACAUUCUCGCCGCAAGGCGUUACGUCUACCAACUGCACGACGACAGCACGGACUUCAGACAAGGCGACAAAGUGAUUAGAGUCUCCGUUAUCAAAACCAUGAUCGAUAAGUGCUUCGAAGAAUCAAUCCAGAUGGCGCAAAACAUCCUCAAGGGCAUGCCACGUGUGAGAAGAAUUGAUAUCAGCGGUGGUGCCACAUCCUCGAAUCGUUAUAUUCAGUCUUUCUGGUGGCGCUCCGUACAGUGCGCUGGGCAAGCAAGCAGGGAGGGAAGCAACCACGCAUUGGACGUGCAGUUCCUGGGACCCGAAGAUGCUGUAGUUGCCGUAUGUAUGGCUGCGGCUGUGCCAUUCUCAGACAACCCAUUGCCACGCUUCCACGCCUGGUGCUUCGGAUUCCGCUGCCAAGACCCUGAAGGAAGAGAAUUCAUCCAGCAGGUUAAGCCCCAGAAGUCGCCAAAGUUGAGGAGUGACUGGGAACAGGUUCUAGUUGACGAUAAGGAUCCGAGCAGCUUCGAGGUAGAUCCGUACAUGGUUACAGGCGGAAAGCAGCUGAAAAAGAAGUCGCAUGACACAUUUCAUCCGGUUUGGCCGAUGGACCACGCGGUGCCGAUGGGCGCUAUUGAGUUCGAUUUAGCCGGCCACGUACUGCCGGGCCAGAAGGUCGGGGUGAGGUUCACGAGGCAAGAUGCGCAAAUUAUUAUCUUGGAGGUGGACUGUCGCAAUGGAGAAGUGAAGAAGAGGACUUUGGAGCUUUGUGGCGAUCGCGAGAGAGUAUAUUUCAUCGAAACGCUGGAUCAACAGCAGCCAGACCCAACAGCUGAUCAGAUUGAACGUCAGCUCGAACAAGAUGGCGAGAAGGGCGACUCGCAGCUGAUUGCUCGUGAGCAAACUAGCCGGCAACCUGAACAGCUGCAACCAACUCUAUUGAACGCAGAAGUAGAUCAGAAUGGGUCGCCCAUGGGGCAGGCCGAACAGCAACAUACAAUUGCACCAGACACCCUGACUGGCCCAGAUGCGGCCUCUAUAGAGCAUGGCCAAGUAAGAAGCACCCCCGAAAGGCUGCCCCCACCGAAUGUCUAUGACGUUCCUCAGACUUCUCGGCGAACCCCAGGCAAGCGGAAGAGAGCGGCUUCAGAGGCUACACGGGAGAAGAGACUGGCAUCACAGAAUACACAUAAGAGGGCACUAUCGUCGCGUACGCCUCAGGGAAGAACAGCAUCACAGAGUAUCCCGGAGACAAACCGCUUUCUAGCAAAGAUCCUCACUCAUAGCUACGACUAG